AUGUUUUCCCAGGAAUGGGUCAUAAACCUGAGAACAAAUAUUUCAGGCUUCUUCAAUGGUUCUUUAAGCAGCCACCCCUGUCCCAGCUCUCCCUGGAAUGGCCUGGACUCUACAAAGGAGCCGGAUGACUCACGCUGUCGUUCCCACCUGAAAACAGUUCUACGUCAAGGGCCACAGAAUCCUGUUAUAAGAGUGAAGCUUAAUGAGAAUCCAACUCUCCCCUGCAGUCAGACGUGUUCUAGUCUGGUCACAUGGACUGUGUACCAUAAACCAGAUGACAUUCUGGCUCAGUGUAAUCAGACAUCAUGUCAGUCAAAGGAAGGUUUUCACAUGUCCCAUGAUCAGUACCUGAAGGGAGAUUUCUCCCUCACCAUCACCGAUGUUGAAUUCAAUAAGAGGGCCUGGUACACCUGCAGCUGCAGUGGUAAAACAUUAUGUGAUUGGAAUCUUCAAGUCCAUGCUUUCAGUUUUAAAGUUCAUGUCCAUCGUGGAGAAUCUCUCAGCAUGAACGUGCCCAUCUCAGAACCAGUGGAGGUGAUUCUGAACAGGACUGGUGACACCAAACCAACCACUGUCAGACUAUGUGAGAUUACGGGGCGUGAAGUUCAGUGUGUCUCUGAGUAUGGGAAGAGAGUGUCAUUCAGUUCCAGUCUGCAGCUGAAGGGUCUGAAGGAGUCUGAUAGUGGAGUGUAUACCAUACAGGACACCAGCAAUGAGGAAGUCAUUGCUACAUACACUGUCACCACAGCCACUUUUGGUGGUAUGAAGGAAGAACCUGACACACACACUGUGCUGGCAGUGGUGCUGCCACUGGUCAUACUGAUCUUACUGGUGUCUGCAGUGGUGCUGUUCCGAAAUAGAUUACAGAAUUGCUAG